AUGUGUAACACAUCUUUGCAUCCAAGAAAUUUUAGCAAUUUAGUAGAACCAUUAUCAUUUUCUACAUUUCAAUUCUUACGCACACGUAAUCGGUUAAUGAUUCCUAAUGCUGCAGAUUCAACCACAUCUUAUCAUAAUUUAAUAAAAAAUGCACAAAUUCCACCACAGCUAGAUACAAUUUUACCGCACAACUAUGAAAUGGAGAGAACGCCACCAACCUCUCCGAUUUUGGAUGUAAUAGAUAGCUCAACAUUGGAACAAUUACCGACGGAGUUGGAAAAUACAACAAACCCCUUGCCCAAUAUAAACGUUUUACCUUUAACAGGAACUUCAACGACCCUACUAAAUCAUCAGACGACUUUGCCAGCAUUUGAGUAUUUGACGCCAGGAGUUCGUAAUAUUAGUCCAGUUGAUUUUCCAUUAAUGGAACUAAAUCGCGUCGGUGGUAUGUUUCCAUCAUUUUUACACCGCCGUCCAAGAGGAGAAAAAAGACCAAUACCAGACGAACAAAAGGAUGAUAAAUACUAUGAGAGAAGAAAGCGUAAUAAUGAAGCUGCAAAAAAAUCACGAGAUGCUCGUAAAAUACGUGAAGAUCGUAUUGCAUUCAGAGCGGCAUUUCUGGAGCAAGAAAACUCCUUAUUGAGAGCACAAGUAAUGGCACUAAGAGAUGAAUUACAAACAAUGAGACAAAUAAUUGGAAGAACCAAUUUGAGUCAGAUUUGA